AUGGAGAAAAGAACCAGGAAUCCCAAAGAUGGCUGACCUUCCUAAAGCUAGACUGCGUGUUCGAGAACCAUCAUUCUAUUCUACGGGCAUGGACUGUUGGGGACCCAUGACAGUUAAAGUACGUAGAUCCCAAGAGAAGCGUUGGGGUAUAAUCUUUAAAUGUUUGACGACAAAAGCUGUCUACCUGGAGAUUAUCAGGAACAUGAAUACCGAUGAAUUUAUAAUGGCAUUUAGAAGGUUUGUGUCCAGGAGAGGAGUUCCAAAAGAACUGCACUCAGAUUGUGGAACCAAUUUCAAGGGGGCUGAGCGUGAGCUACAUGAAUGUUUUAAGGCCAUGAGUCCAGAACUACAGGCAAAAUUGGCUCACCAACAAGUCGAAUUUAAAUUUAAUCCGCCAAACGCACCCCACUUUGGAGGCAUUUGGGAGCGAGAAAUAAAGUCCAAAAAGAAUGCCAUAAAGUGCUGCCUCAAAGAUCGAGUAUUCACGGAAGUCGUUCUUCAGACUGUCAUUGUGGAAGUAGAAAGCCUUAUGAAUUCCAAGCCUUUGGGAUACGCCUCGUCAAAUAUUUCUGACUCCGACCCAAUCACUCCGCAUAUGUUACUUAUGGGUCGACGGGAUCCUGUCUUGCCAUUCGUAUCAACUAACGCGACAAAAGAAAUAAGAAGCAAGAAGCAGUGGCGUCAUAGCCAACUCAUUAUUGACCUCUUUUGGAAGAAAUUUGUAGCUGAUUAUUUGCCGAGUCUGCAAAUCAGACAAAAAUGGUUCAAAGAAGCGGACAACCUAAAGGAAGGUGACCAAGUUUUAGUUAUAGAUAACCAAGUACAGAGAGGUGACUGGCUUACAGGACAAGUGAGUGAAAUUUAUUCUAGUGCGGACGGUAAAGUUAGAGUUGCGGACGUCACCAUUAAGGGAAAAACAUAUAAGCGCCCAGUAGUAAAGUUAAUUAAACUCGAACAAUGGUAAUAGAUGUGCUGUACAAGCAUGUACCAUGAUAGAUUACUAGUAGACGUUAUCAGAUAUAUUUUGAUAGUCUCGUUAUGGUGUAAUUUAAAUUUAUAUUUUACUUGAGGUAACAUUUACAGAUUGAUGACUGAUUGAAGUUAUGUUAAUUAUUUAUGCAUUUGGGAUUGUGUUCAUACGUAUUGGUUAUAAUGAGAUUUCCUCAUUAUCGGGGGGAAUGUAAGAUUUUAUAUAAUCUUAGAUGCUAAUUAGCAUAUGUAAAUAGCGCCACCAUUGUCUAUGAUGCCAUUGGUGCAUCAUUGGUGAAUCACAGCAAGCCAAGGAAGCGGCAAGUGCAAACAUGUGUUCUGAGCUGUCCAGAAAAUAUGUAUAAUUUUCUGUUUAAUGCUGGUUUAAGAAUGUCUACUUAAGGUGAAAUGAUAAUGAUAUGGAGUAUUCAUGUACUGUAAUGACAAUCUGUGACCGGAACUGAUUAUCCGUCUGAACUGUGUAAUUAUACCCGGCAAAGUUAAUCGAAUGAGAAACGUUUGAAUAAACAAAUUCAUAUCAAACUCAA